AUGUUUAAAAACAAAACAGCUUGGUUUUCAGACAGUGUAAAGACAGACAUUAGCAGGUUUUGGGUUGCCCAAGGCGGCAUUAUCACCGACUGGAAAACAGCUGACUACCUUUUCAGCGAGCAUGCUUCCUGUCCUGACACGAAAAGGAUCCAUGCGAGUGAUGAGUAUGUGAUGGACCGAGCUACGGUAUUCCACAGCGCUUACCUGUCCACCUGUCGGCUGCGGCAGAGCACCAAAUCUGUGCCACUUGGUCAUUAUCUACUGCCUCCUGUUUCUGUACAGAGAGAGGUAAAAGCCAGGAUGGGAAGGUUCAUAUGGGAGCAGGAUGAGAUGCUCGGUGUGACCCAUCAACCGGAUGUCAGAGAAGGAAAAGAAAAGAAAAGACACCUCUACAUACAUGUAUGCCACGUUAAAAUAGAUGGUAAUGUGUCUCUCAGGCAGGAGAACACAUCUCCCUCAAGAGAAGAAUCAGUUUGUUGUGAGACGCAGCUCUAUCCUGUAAACAACAUGCUUUCAGGUUACGUGCAUAUUGACCAGCUAAUGAAGUUCUCAGGAGAGCUGCAUGACUUCCUUCCAUCCCACUCGGGUUAUUCCGUCUCUAGAUCUCACAGCAGGAGACUUCCUUUUCACUUUAAAGAGAGACUCUGACAAGAUAUUCUGACAAAAGACUGACAAAAUAGAAAUUAGAGCUUGUAUAUAUUUUGACAAAAGACUGACAAAAUAGAAAUUAGAGCUUGUAUAUACAAAAAUGGACAAAGAGAGAGUGAAUUUCUAUUCAUCUUGAUUCUAAUAUUAUCUAAUUUACACAAUAUAUGACUGAAUAAAGAAGCAUAAAUGUAAUGAUUGCUAGUGUGGGAAUUUAAUAUAAUGAAAUAUAACC